GGCCCCCCGAACGGACAUGAACACUCUACUCAAACAUUUAUGAUAGCUACACUGUUGUAGGUACAUUAUCUACAGCGUCACUGUUUUCUCCUCGCACUAUUUUUUUUUUUUAAUUGAGCCGAACCCUCGACUUCGAGUGUGGAAAAUGGACGCGAGAACGACACCGGCGGCAGAGAAAUUCCCUGAAGAACUUUGUAGCGUUAAAGUUCACAGACUAGUAGAUUCCAGUGAAGCGCAUCGUCCUGAACGCCAGGAGUCUGCUCGCAUCGAAGAAGAGGAGGAGGAAGAGUCGCCAUACAUCAAGAAGGAGGAGGAAGAAUUCAUCCACAUUAAAGAGGAGUGGGAUGACUAUUUCAUUACAGUUGAGAACUCCCACAAUGAGGAGCAGGAGCAACCCCAUCCCCUCAAAAUGGAGGAGGAGGAGGAAGACGACCCUCCAUAUGUUAAAGAGGAGGUUAUGGACAUCCCCAAGUGGGCUGGUGAGCCCUUGAAUUGUGGAAGUCCGAAUCACACCAGCAGAGAGGCGAAGCCUCUGAGUGGUAGCAGCAGCAGUUCAACAGAAGGAUCCCAAGCAGACAACCUUAUUGCUCCACCAUCAAAUAGUGACAACGCCAAAUCACACUCGCUGUUCUGUUUCAGAAAAUAUCUUGGUGCUGAGCGGCAGGAGCCAGGAUCUCCUGGUGCUAAAGAGGCUGUUGAGCACCCCCAAAUCAAAGAGGAGGAGCCAGAGCCCUGUCAACAGAAGGAGAGAGAAGAGUACCUUGCAAUCAAAAAAGAGGAGGAGGAGCAGCUGCCAUACAGUAAAGAGGAGGACGUUAUCACCAGGUCGACUUCAAGGGCUCACCGGAGUGUAGAUUGUCCGACUGAAGCCAGCAGAGGGGUGGUGCCUCCAAUUGGCGGCGACAGCAGCAGCUCAACAGAAAAAUUGCAAGCGGACAGUUUCAUCGCUCCCCUAUCCGAUAGUGAAGACGCCACGUCACCCUCGCCUUACAUUGAUGUUGAAGGUCAUAAGAAUGACCACAGUGAGGACAAACUCUGCAAAUGUUCUCAGUGCGGGAAGACCUUUUCCAGGAAGUAUAAUUGUCGUACGCAUAUGAGGAGCCACACUGGUGAAAAACCUUUUGUUUGCUCAGUUUGUGGUCAAAGAUUCGUUCAGAGGCAACACUUAAAACAACACAAAAGAACCCACACUGGUGAAAAACCUUUUUCCUGCUCAGUUUGUGGUCAAGGUUUCACUCAAAAGGAAAACUUGAAAAUACACACAAGAACCCACACUGGUGAAAAACCUUUUGUCUGCUCGUUUUGUGGUGAAAGAUUCACUCAAAGGGAAAACUUGAAAAUACACACAAGAACCCACACUGGCGAAAAACCUUUUUCCUGUUCAAUUUGUGGUCAAGGAUUUUCUCGAAAGCAACGCUUGAAAAUACACACAAGAACCCACACUGGCGAAAAACCUUUUUCCUGCUCAGUUUGUGGUAAAGGAUUCGCUCGAAAGCAACACUUGGAAAUACACACAAGAACUCACACUGGGGAAAAACCUUUUUCCUGCUCAGUCUGUGGUCGAAGAUUCAGUCACAAUAGCACCUUAAAAAUACACACAAGAACCCACACUGGCGAAAAACCUUUUUCGUGCUCAGUUUGUGGUCAAGGAUUCACUCGAAAGCAAGACUUGGAAAUACACACAAGAACCCACACUGGCGAAAAACCGUUAUCCUGCUCAGUUUGUGGUCAAAAAUUCCGUCACAAUAGCACUCUAAAAACACACACAAGAACCCACACUGGCGAAAAACCUUUUUCCUGCUCAGUUUGUGGUAAAAAAUUCUCCAAAGAAAGCAACUUAAAAACCCAUGCAAGAACCCACACUUGACAAUAACCUUUUUCCUGCUCAGUUUGUGGUUAAGGAUUCACUUGGAGGGAUCGGAUUAAGAGACGUAUGUUUUGGUGUAAGAAGCAGUGGCCGAUGACUGUUUUGCCUGUCAUCCAUGCUGGCUUCAUUAGAGUUCGCUGGCAGGACAAUUUUAUUCCGUAGAGCUUCCUCAAAUCCGAUUGAGGAUUUGCACUUUGGUGCUUUACAGGUGCUUUGUCCAAUCCUUAUGUGAUUCAUGCUAUUCCCAAAAGUAUUUUCUUACCUGAGUUAACUCUUAAGUGCCAGUAUUUAUAUAAUACUCUCCCUCUUUCAAACGACACAUUUCACGGUUAAUAUUUCAAAACGUAGACUCCAAAUUAUAAAAAUUCAAAAUCAUUCAUAAAUAAUGUCAUUAAAUAAAUAUUGACAAUUAUGAUAUAUUGUUCCAUAUUGCAAAAACAUUUUUAAAAAAAUAACUGGCUCCCAAAUUAGUUUUUUGGGGGGAAUCAUAUAUACAUAUAUAUUUUUAUAUAUUUUUUAAAUUACUAUUACUACUCUUGAUUGACAUUGACAUAUGUAUUCCGAUUGAGUAUUCUGGCAUAAUAAAGGGUGGGAGGAGACUAAGUCGUACUGUUACCACGAGUUAAAAAAAAAAAAUGUCUGAUUAUGGAUGUAGUUAGUUUGUGUGACAGCAGAGGAUGCAGAGGACAGGGUUAGAUAGAGACAACUGAUUCACUGUGGCGACCCUUGAAGGGAAAAGCCGAAAGAAAAAGAUGAUUACAGAAUGGUAAUGUAGCUGAAUAAACCGCUACGCACUUUACAUAGCAGUAAUCUUAGCUGGGAGCAACGACGAAGCAUUAGUAUAGAUCCUUUUAUUGAUUAUAAUUUGAUUUAGCUGAGCUCAAAGAUUAAGGAUUUCCUUAUUAUGGAAGUUGAUUUUAAAACACAGCCUCACUCCUAGCUGAUACAUUACACCUACAUAAUAAUGCGACUUUUUUUUCUUGUAGUAGUAGUACGACUGUAAUAUUGUAGUCCUUUCUUUAAUACUCCAUCAUACAAAUUGGACACUAGGCAUAUGCUGGUAUGAGAUUUUGACGGUAUGAUAACCUUAAGUAAAAAAAAAAAAAAAAAACUUUUUUUUUUGUUUAGUUUUUAGCGAUGCUUUUAACAAAUCGUUCAAAGACAUAGAAAAGCCUAAAUAUAACUUAAAACUAAAUUAAAAAUGCAUUAAAAGAACAUUACAUCAAACAAAAACUUAUGUUGGUCUUAACAGGGAGCAGGUGGAUUCAGCCAUGUUGGCAGAGUUAUGUCAUAUAAACUUUUGCCACUAGAGGGCAGUAUAUUUACCCUAAUCAAUAAAACUAAAUGCAAACACUUUCCAGGCAUGAAAAUCACUCACCUUUCGGCGAAAUUCACCGUUUUGAAGUCAAAAACGACGUGAAUUGUGAAGA